AUUGCACGAAGGGGGUGGUUUGUGGCAGUGUCAUCUGACUGUGUCGUCCAUGUGUACAACUACGAACAGGAAAUGCUUAUGAUCACGAGUUUUAGAGCUAAGAACCGUGCAGACGUUUGGUGUAAAUUAGCCGUUCAUCCAACCCAGCUGUAUGUGCUGUCAGGAUGUGCUACGGAGAUAAAGCUUUGGGACUUGCAUUGCAUACAGACAUUUGAAGAACACUCGGCUGCCAUCAUGGCCCUAAAAUUUAACCCGGAGGACACCAACAGUUUUGCAAGUGCUUCGCAUGAUAAUACAAUAAAGGUUUGGAGUCUUGAUUCUCCCAAAUCCAAGUUUACUCUGUUUGGGCAUUCGCAUGUUGUGAAUUUCCUGGAUUUUUUCACGCGUGGUGGUCGGCAGUAUUUGAUCAGUGGCUCUUGGGAUGCGACUGCCAAGAUAUGGGAUAUGGAGAAGGAGGAGUGCAUUCAUACACUCGAACACGAGUCUGCGGUUUUUCAGGUCGUUUCCCAUCCCAAUCUUCCGGUUCUAAUUACAGGUACAAAAGAUGGUGAUGUUCACGCGUGGAGCUCAUAUGAUUUCAGGCUCAAGAGAAUACACAACUUUCGUGACGGUGGAUGGGUUGUGGGUCUCGCAUGUUUGGUGGGGUCAGGAAGGCUUGUAGUUGCACACAAAACUGGAGUGUCGUUGAUGGCAAUUCGUGAAGAAGAAGAACAAGAUGGUAGCACAGGCAACAAUGAGAAUUCCAUAUCAGCGACAAAUUUGGAAAUCCAAAGCUAGUACUACUUUGGUGUAGCUCAUUAUUUAAUGUGCUAGAUAUGGCACCUCUACGUAGUUGACCAUCGUGUAUGCUAACACCAGCAUCAAGAAUUCAUAGAUCUGGAAUUUGAACGGUUGACUUUUGGAGAUGAACAGCAUCACUCGAAGCUCAACAACCAGCCAACUCUCUCACAGAGGUGAGGUCAUAUACAGAGCAACUGCUUCGAUCCGUAUGUGAUCGUUACUCACUCCUGCGGAAGCCAGAGAGCCUUUAAUUAGUUACUGGAUCUAUCCGAUGAAAGAUGGUAGUUCGGGACAACUACAAUCGGGUUGGAUGGCGGUCCAAUAACAUGAUAGGUGGUUAGUCAUCUAGUCCUAUUUUCGUCGGUUGUAGUAUUUUUAUGUACUUUUGGAUGAUUCUGCAGCUCUCUCUAAAAUGGCUUUCAACCGUGGACUAUUUUGUUGCUUUCAUUAAUAAAGGGGCUGCAUGCAUCGUUUUAAUGCGGAGGCCGGGGAUAUUUCUCUUUUUCUAAAAAAUCUAGAUU